CCGGCCUUUGCCAUAUAGGCCUAAGCUGCCUUCUCCCGAGUGAGCAGGUUUCCGUUUAGACGGCCAGGCCCAGGAGGAACCUGAGGCUAAGGACGCCCAGGGAAGGCUACGCGCGACGCAUGCCUGUAGGGGAAUGCUGUUGUUGCUGCUCUGCGUCGUGUCCACCGCUCUUCCACGAUUUAUCAGAGCAGAUGUUUGCGAGGACGUGAGUAUGCAGGAUACUGUGUCAGUGGGCCAGCCUAUGGCUUUUCACUGCAUAUACCCUCUGCCAACAUCUGGGAAGGUAGACGCAACAUGGUAUAAAUAUCCUAGAAAAAUCCCAGUAUCCAAAAACAUACAGUCUCGAAUCCACCAGGACCAAAACUGGAUUUUGUUUCUCCCUGUGAAAGGGGAGGACUCUGGGAUCUACCACUGUGAUACAAAUGAUACAAACACCUGUCCCAGAAUGCAAGUCAACCUCACUGUAUUUGAAAAACAUUGGUGUGGUACUUCUGGAAACAGUCAACCGCAUGUGCCAGAUGAGUACAAACAGAUUUUAUAUGUUGGAAGAGAUGACAUUCUUGUAUGUCAUCUGAACUUCCCAAACAGUUUUGAUUUGGAUUCAGUAAAGUGGUAUAAGGACUGUAAAGAGAUUGAAGGAGAACGAUUUAUUUCUCAGAGAGGAAAGCUUUUAGUGAAGAAUGUCUCGACAGAGGAUGGAGGGAACUAUGCGUGUCAAGCCACGCUCACAUACGCAGAGAAGCAGCACACUGUUUUAAACAGCAUUUCUGUGAACAUCACAGAAAAAGUGGGAAAUGGAAGAAGAAUCCCUAAGAUCAUUUAUCCAAAAAAUAAUUCAAUUGAAGUAAAACUUGGCUCCACCCUCAUCGUGGACUGCAAUAUAACAGACACAUGGGGUAACACAAACCUGCGCUGCUGGAGGGUCAAUAAUACAUUGGUCGACAUUUACUACAAGGAAUCUAAACGAAUUCAAGAAGGAAUUGAAAACUACACUGUUUCUCAAGGACACAUGUUUUACACGAUGAACAUAACCUUCUUAGAAGUGAAAAUGGAAGAUUAUGGCCACCCUUUCACAUGCCAUGCUGGAGUGUCUGCAGCUUACGUUAUACUAAAACUCCCAGUUCCAGAUUUUCGAGCUUACUUGAUAGGAGGGCUUCUUGUUUUGACCAGCGCGGCGGUGUCUGCCGUGUGUAUCUACAACGUUUUUAAGAUCGACGCUGUACUUUGGUAUCGAAGUGCCUUCCAUUCUGCAGGGCCCAUAGAAGAUGGGAAGCUGUAUGAUGCAUAUGUCUUGUACCCCAAGCCUCAAAGAGAAAGCCACAGCCAUGAUGUGGACACUCUGGUGUUGAAGAUUCUCCCCGAGGUGCUGGAGAGGCAGUGUGGAUACAAGUUAUUUAUAUUUGGCAGGGAUGACUUUCCUGGACAAGCUGUGGUCAAUGUCACUGAUGAAAAUAUUAAGCUGUGCAGAAGACUGAUCAUCAUCAUAGUUCCCGAAGCGCUGAGCCUUGACCUGUUAAGGAACACGUCAGAAGAACAAAUUGCAGUCUACAAUGUUCUCAUCCAGGAUGGGAUAAAGGUCAUUCUGAUUGAACUGGAGAAGGUCAAGGACUAUACAACCUUGCCAGAGUCCAUUCAGUACAUCAAACAGAAGCAUGGGGCCGUCCAGUGGAGUGGGGACUUCACAGAGCAGUCACAGUGUGCAAAGACCAAGUUCUGGAAAAAAGUGAGGUAUCACAUGCCACCCAAAAGGUGGCCACCUUCUCCUCCUGUCCAGCUGCUAAAGCACACGCCCUUCGACCUCAUGGACAGCAAGUGGGAGGCCAACGUGGGGUUCAUCACCCCGUGAUGGAGAGUUGGUUGUCAUGUGGUGGCUCACAUUUAAAUUAGGAUGCAUUGCAUUUGGGCCAUUCGCUUGAAGCUUACGGUUGUGUACUUGUGGAAAGGACUGUGUUUAUUUGCUCAUUUUGCUCAGAGCUACUUCUUUAGGGAAAGACAUUACCUCUCCUGAAGCCCUCAUUAACUGACUGGCACUGAACACUCAUGAACACUGAUGAGCAUGGAGCAUUAGCGUUUGAGCCCCUGGGGAUGGGAUGUGGA